UAAUCACUGGCAAUAUUCAAGAGAUCCUCUUUGAAAGGGGAGUUUGAAAAAUUUGACAAGAGUAAAAGGCCCUGAGGUGUCAGUCUGCUUUGGGACCCUAUGCCAUGAUUACAUCUCGCAAGACCUGGGAUCUGGGACCUACUCCCUCAUUGAAAGACCUGUGGAAAAAGGACCUCCCUCUUAACCGGAGUGGACAGGAUUCACUCCUCAGUGACACUGAAGAGGACUCGAACUGGUGCGGCGCUGCGAGUCCACAAGGCCCCUGCGUGACCGUGCAGGCCUUGCAGGACAAGUUGUGCAAGGACAAGAGUCAGGUGAAGAACAAGGAGAAUCAUCGCCAGCCACAGACUCAGUGUAGGACCCAGAAGCUGGGCAUAGAGAAGAGGUCGGGGUCUGCUCACAACUGGGACGCUGGAGCGCAGGGCCAGAAAGCCUGCAGCAUGAACAUUGGGAAAACAGGCGGAAGAUUCUUUGGUGGGAAAUGCUCCAGCUUGUCAGGAGCACGUCAGUUUCCUAUGAUCCAGAAGAUGGUGGAGUCUAUGGCCCAGCUGCAGGAGGAGAAGCUGCAGCUGCAGGAAGAGCUGCUGGCACUGCAGGAGAAACUUUCUGCACGGGAGAAUGAAGAACUUGCUGUGUCUGUCCAGCUGCAGGAUCAGGUUGAAAAUCUGAAAGGGAAACUUCUGGAUCAAGCUCAGGAAGUGAACAGACUCCGUUCUGAGCUGGGUGGCACUGACUUGGAAAAGCAUCGGAAUCUGCUCGCUGCAGAGAACGAGCACCUAAAGCAAGACAUGAAGUCAUGUGAGGCACAGCUUCAGAAGCUGAAGAAGCAGCAUGUGAAAUGCAUUGACUGCGAACACAUCCAGGAGAAUGCAAGGCUGCAAGAAAGGUUGGCCCAGUUGCAGCUGGAGGUGGAGGAGGCUAAGGGGAGGCUGUCGGAGCUGGACCUGGAAGUGCAGCAGAAGACCAAUCGCCUGGCGGAGGUAGAGCUGCGCUUAAAGGACUCCCUUGCCGAGAAGGCUGAGGAGGAGGAGCGACUCAGCAGGCGGCUGCGGGACAGUCAGGAGACUAUAGCUAGCCUGAAAGCCCAACCCCAGCAGAUAAAGUAUCUCAUCAAAACGGUGGAAGUGGAGUCAUCCAAGACCAAGCAGGCUCUGUGUGAGACCCAGUCACGGAAUCAGCACUUGCAGGAGCAAGUGGAGAUGCAGAGGCAGGUGCUAAAGGAGAUGGAACAGCAGCUGCAGAAGUCUCAGAAGACUGCAGCCCAGCUCAGAGCCCAGAUUACACUGUAUGAGUCUGAGCUGGAGCAGGCGCAUGGACAGAUGCUGGAGGAGAUGCAGAACAUGGAAGAUGACAAGAACCGGGCCAUUGAAGAGGCAUUUGCACGUGCUCAAGUAGAAAUGAAAGCUGUGCAUGAGAACCUGGCAGGGGUCCGGACAAACCUUCUCACACUCCAGCCAGCACUCCGAACCCUCACCAAUGAUUACAACAGCCUGAAACGGCAGGUCCGAGACUUCCCCCUGCUACUCCAGGAAGCUCUGCAGAAUGCCAGGGCGGAGAUUGGACAAGCCAUUGAGGAGGUGAACAGCACAAAUCGGGAGCUACUCAGGAAAUACCGCAGGGAGCUGCAGCUCCGCAAGAAAUGCCACAAUGAACUGGUGCGGCUGAAAGGAAAUAUCCGUGUGUUUGGCCGAGUCCGGCCAAUAACUACAGAGGAUGGGGAAGGGCCUGAAGCAGCCAACUCAGUGACCUUUGACCCUGAUGAUGAUGCUAUCUUGCACCUGAUGCACAAGGGGAAGCAGGUCUCAUUUGAAUUGGACAAGGUUUUCUCCCCACAGGCAACACAGCAAGAUGUGUUCCAGGAAGUUCAGGCCCUGAUCACAUCCUGUAUUGAUGGCUACAACGUCUGUAUUUUUGCCUAUGGACAGACAGGUGCAGGCAAGACAUAUACUAUGGAGGGAACUCCUGAAAACCCAGGAAUCAACCAGCGAGCGCUCCAGUUGCUCUUCUCCGAGGUGCAGAGGAAAGCGUCUGACUGGGGCUACACGAUCACUGUCAGUGUGGCAGAGAUUUACAACGAGGCACUCAGGGACUUGCUUGGAAAGGAACCUCAGGAGAAGCUGGACAUCAAACUGUGCCCGGAUGGCAGCGGGCAGCUGUAUGUACCAGGACUGACUGAGUUCCAGGUGCAAAGUGUGGAGGAUAUUAACAAGGUGUUUGAAUUUGGGCACUCAAACAGAGUGACUGAGUACACCAGCCUGAAUGAGCACAGCUCACGGUCUCACGCCCUCCUCAUCGUCACAGUAAGAGGACUCGACUACAGCACAGGCCUCAGAACCACAGGGAAGCUGAACUUGGUGGACUUGGCUGGAUCUGAACGGGUAGGCAGGUCUGGUGCAGAGGGAAGCAGGCUCCGGGAGGCCCAGUACAUCAACAAGUCACUGUCAGCACUAGGAGAUGUGAUUUAUGCUCUGCGCGCCCGCCAGGGUCACGUGCCAUUCCGCAACUCCAAACUGACCUACCUACUCCAAGACUCCCUUAGCGGAGAUAGCAAAACCCUCAUGAUGGUGCAGGUCUCUCCAGUGGAGAACAACACAAGUGAGACUCUCUGUUCCCUCAAGUUCGCUGAGCGAGUUCGCUCCGUGGAACUGGGCCCUGUAUCCCGGAGAGCAGAACUAGUGUCCUGGUCUAGUCAAGAGCACUUAGAGAACGAUUCACCAGUGGCAGCACAGCCCUCCGUUCGAACACAUUCUUCUCCUAGACCUACAAGACGAGCAGGCUCAUUCCGGAGGAAGCUCCAGACUUCAGGAAAGCUGAGGCCAGUCCCUGUGUGACGGACACACUCAGCUGGGGAACAGGAUCUGCUCCAGAUCCAAUGAGCUCAUGGUGUGAAGGAGAACUCCUGCGUUUCAAGAGAUGUGAAAACGGAAAAAGACUCUCUCCUCUCCCCUACAUCUCUCCCAUCGGAUAGACAGGGCACAGUCACAUGUUCAGGAGAGAGCACGACUCUGUGGAAUCCAAGAGCCAAAAGGUGAAGACAGUUCUCUCCAGGCUCCCGGGCACAGGCAGAAGCUCUUGGAAGUAUGGACCCAGGUUGCUCCACUGCAGCUGUGAAACCAGGUUGUCAGGUGCCGGUUCUCCUUCCCCCAUCUCUGAACCAAGACUCCUGUAGAAAUAAAGCCCCACCCAGAGACUCAUGUCACCACAUAGGGACACCAAGCUUGGCCGUGGACAGUAUGGACUCCAUUGCUGGCAAUGGAUGCCCCUGGAGCUGGAUUCUGGUGGAGCUGAGCCCAGGGGAUUUUACCUGCCUACCUACCUGUGGCACUUAUGCAUGUACAAUUUUAUUUGCCAUAUGGAGGUUUUUAGUGGAUUUGAAGGGAGAGUAGAGCUGCCAGGGGCCUCUCCCAUCUCACUGCCCCUGGCUUUGUUUUUAAAUGAAUAAAGAGUAUCACCCAACUGUUGGUUUAAAACCUACCAACCAACCAAAGGUGUCUGUGCUUUCCUCGGUGCAAUGACCAGGCCUGCGGCUGUUCGGCUCUAUUCGUGGCUGGCUGGCUGCUGCCAGAGUGAGGGCUGUGGAAGGGAAGUUCACAGACUUUUAUGCCAUCGUCUUCAUCGCCUCAUACACAGCUCGGGUAAAGUUUGUGUAGGCAUCAGCUGGUCGGGGACAACCUAGGUAGGAGGUAAUUUACUGCAGGGACGUACUCACUGGCCUUUGUUCAAACUUCAUGCCACCAUACUUGCUGACAUGCUAGUUCAUUGGAUGCUGCUGCCUGACACACCACCCAAAGGGAGGGGAAGGGUGAAUUUCAGAGGUGAGGGCGUGUGCCUCUUACUCUUGGAUUUAAAAAGCAUUUAGGGAUCCAGAGGGACUGUAAUUUGCUGUGCUAAAGCUCACAAUCCGUUCACUUUGAAGCGGUCUGCCAAUGAUUUCCACAUCUGCAAAUGGCAGAGGGGACUGUCCUCUUCACCCACUUUCCCUAAAAAUACAAGCAGUAUGUUCUUCUGAACCCACAUUGCUGUUUCUCAGGCAGUCCUCCCACUCCACCAAUCAUCUCCUUAGCUGAUUACAGCUGGGGAGGUUGGGGAUGGCCGCACAGAAAAGCAAGUUUGGCGCUCAUUAGGGUAAAUGUUGAGGCAGAAAUGUUUUAGUCCUUCCCUGUUGUUUGUCCCUUAGCAGAACUUUCCCAAAGAGCAGGCACUCUGCCCUGACGAGUCCUGCAACCUCGGCUUAUAAAAGCAGCAACCAGCCACCACUAAAACCAGCAGAACUGUGGCCUUAAACCAAAGAUUCCUCAAAGCCAGCCAGAGUUCCUUGGAUCCAACUCUUCCAACUCGAGAGGCAACUGAAGCUCGAGUGACUUUCAUACCUCUAUCCAUCUGGUAGGAGAGGGGUACGGAGGUUAAGGUUAGAGCUGAGAAAAGCAACGACUGCCUUUUAACUGGUGUUUUCCUUGUAGUGAUGACCCAGGCUUCCAGCUGUCUAGCAGCUAUAACUUGGUACUGCUCUGCAGGAAGUGGUAAAAAGCUGGAGCAACCACGUAGGAACUGAAGAGUGGCACUAUCUUGCUUGCCAAAGACCAAGGGGUUCUUAACACUGGGUUUAGAAAACUGAAUCAAUCCUUUCUCAGCUCCUUUCUAGGAUCAGGCUGUCUCCCUGAGCCUACUCCUGCAGAAACGUGUGUGCCAAAUGCUCCCAUGUGUGACCAGGGCAUCUAUUUAUUUUGAUGCUUGCAUAGUCCAGCAAACACUGGAAUCCUGCUCCCACUGAAACCAAGAACAGGCCCCACUGUGUGUGAAGCAGAACACUGGAGCCAGAACCCUUUCUUACCAUCCCUCUGCUUCUCACCACUGCCCCCACCCCCACGUUGCAUGCAGUACUUGACAUACAGGGCUGUGCAAAAAGCAUGUUAACCUGCCAGUGGAGUAAGGCUGCUGCUGCUGAGCAGCGAUCGAAUGUUUAAAAAAGCUUCAAAUAAAGCUAUUUUAAAACCUUCUCCUUUCUAAACAGAUCAGUGUGUUUGUUCAUGGAAGUGUCGGAAAUAUUUAUAGCCUCUCUUAGCGUAUCUGACUGAAAAGAAACGAGCAAAAAACUUUGGUUUAUAUAGUGAAGUGUGGCUGUUGUCUAACGUUUGGGGGUGGGGUGGGGUGGGGUGGAUGGAGUUGUUUAGAGCAGCUGUCCAAAUACACCCAACAGGGUGUGCUGGCCUGCGUUACCGAGGACAGGCUGCAUUUGUCAAUCUUCCCUGUAUUAUAAAGACUUGAUUCCACCUUGGCUCUUUCUAAGCUUGGUCUUGCGCUGUGGAGUCUAAUUAAAAACCCUAGCCUUUGGUAAGAUUAGUUGUUCUUACGUAUUUUAAUAAAAAGAUCCUGUUUUGUAAUAAAACUUAUUUUAAAUAAAUUGUAUGAAGCAACUGCUUUCACACGAUACGUUUG